AGACAAGGGAAUUGGAUGGCAAUGAACACCAUGUCUUCUCUCUUUGCAAGUCUCUCCUUCUCCUUCUUCUUUCUCUUAGUGCAGUCGCAAGCUCGUGGCCUUGGUCGGGUUGCACCGGCCUUGUACGUUUUUGGAGACUCGGUCAUGGACCCAGGCAACAACGUCUUCUUAAAUACCCGGGUGAAAGUAAAUUUCACACCUUAUGGCAUUGAUUUUCCGGGUGGACCAACGGGAAGAUUCACCAAUGGCUACACCAUUGCUGAUUUCUGGUAUAAAUGGUCCAAUAAACGGUCUCACAAACCCGUUCCAUUGCCAUACUUGCAUCCUCUCAGUAAGGAGAAGUCAAAUACCAAAGGUUUCAACUAUGCGUCUGGAACAGCCGGUAUCCUCCCUAAUACCAGCUGUAACAUUGGGGAGAACUUGCCACUGGGGCAACAAGUCAAGUUAUUUAAAGAAACUGUUGAGCAAUACUUGCCAUCUUUGGGAGCUUACAAUAACAGAGCCGAGCUCUCAAAUGCCUUGUCAAAGUCUAUUUUUGUGGUUUGUAUGGGCAGCAAUGACUACAUAAAUUAUCUCGAACCCGGGUCCAACACAAGCAAAUUAUAUAAUGCAGAGCAAUUUGGGGAAUUCCUUGUGAACGAAUUAGGCAACCAUUUGCAGGAAUUGUACAAUUUGGGAGCAAGGAAAUUUGUAGUGUUUGAAAUCGCUCCACUCGGUUGCUUGCCGGAUGUUAUUGACAAAACCAAACCGUCGACAAUAUGCGAUGAGCAGAUAAAUGGUUUGGUGUCAAUUUUCAAUACCAAACUUGGAGUUAAACUUAACGAACUUAAGUCCAUUCUCAACGGCCCAACAUUCGUCACUGCAAAAUCUUACCGAUUCAUUCACAACAUCAUCCACGCUCCCCUUCACCAUGGGUUUAGUGAUUCAAGGCAGCCGUGUUGUGCUUCGGAAAUCGAUGGGAGUGGAGAUUGCAAACCAGGAACAGUGCCUUGCCAAGGUAGAGAUUCUCAUGUAUUUUGGGAUAGAGUGCAUCCAACAGAGGCACUAUACAAGCGCAUUGCAAGUGAAUGUUUCAAUGGAAAAGGCCUUUGCUCUCCCAUGAACAUAAUCCAACUUGCUGGGAAACUUUGAGAUGACAUAUACGAGAGUUCGCGAUGGAUACUUACCCAUGUGGUCGAAUGGCAUCCGGGUUGGCAAGAUCUCUCAACGCUGUUGAAUUUUGAUGCCCGUUGAUGACAUCUACGCUUGUGCUACGUGCCUUUGGAUCUUUGACCAAUGUAGUUAA